GAACUUGAAACGGAGUACAACUUCGAUUUCAAAGGUUACUCGCUUUUACUUAGAUUAUAAUAAUAUUGAAUAAGUUGAAUACCUACUGAGCCAGCUUGUCUUGUUUAUGUAAACAGAGACACAGCUGACGCUUUUCCUGAUUUGUGCGUUAUCAAUAUUGUUGACUACGAUACCGCGACAGUUCACAUCGGACGAUAUUUAACGUCACAGCGUAUUUUAUACCUUGACAGUAUCAUUACGUAUAAAACACAAGGAAAUUAAUAAAGUAAUUAGUGUAUGAAUAGUUGAGUAAGGUGGUAAACAGUAAUAAUACCGAUCAUGGUAAAAAUGAAAUUGUUUUUUGCACUCGGGUUAUUAUUUAGUUUUCUUGCGAAGGAUUCCUUGGGAUUAUCGCCGGUUAUAUUAAUACCGGGUGAUGGUGGAAGCCAACUUGAGGCAAAAUUAAAUAAAACCAAUGUAGUGCACUACAUUUGUGCCAAGACAUCUACGGAUUACUUUAACAUUUGGUUGAACUUGGAGCUGUUGGUACCUUUUGUGAUUGACUGCUGGGUAGACAAUACCAGGCUGGAAUAUGACAAUGUCACAAGGACUACCAGAAACCCUGAGGGUGUGGAUAUUCGGGUCCCCGGGUGGGGAAACCCGGAACCCGUAGAGUGGCUGGACCCCUCACAUGACAGUACUGGAGCAUACUUCAAUACAAUUGGUGAUGCCCUUGUUAAAGUAGGGUAUGUUAGGAAUGUAUCUUUGAGAGGAGCUCCUUAUGAUUUUAGGAGAGCACCAAAUGAGAAUGGUGAAUUCUUUGUCAAACUGAAGACUCUAGUUGAAGACACAUAUACAAUGAACAACAAUAGUGCAGUGACAUUGCUCGUACACAGCAUGGGUGGUUCAAUGGCACUGCACUUUCUGCGCCAGCAGACCCAGUCCUGGAAAGACCAGUACAUCCGGAGGCUCAUCUCACUAUCAACUCCCUGGGGUGGGGCAGUUAAAGCACUUAAAGUGUUUGCUAUAGGCGACGACUUAGGAUCAUCUAUGCUACGUCAGAGCACGAUGCGUCUGGAGCAGGUGACGUGCCCCUCACUGGCGUGGCUGCUGCCCUCGCCGCUCGUCUGGCGACCUGACGACGUCCUCGUGCAGACUGACAAGUUCAACUACACCAUUGAACAUCUGGAGAAGUUGUUCACUGACAUGGAGCUCCCGACAGCUUGGGAGAUGCGCAAAGACACGGAGAGGUACUCGCGUGACGCCAGCGCGCCCGGGGUAGAGCUGCACUGCAUCUACGGGUACAAUCUCACAACAGUCGAACGUUUGGUGUACAAGCCGGGCUCGUGGCUGGACGGCUCGCCGCAGCUGGCGGGGGGAGAUGGUGACGGCACUGUGAACCUGCGCUCGCUGGAGGCCUGCGCGCGCUGGGGCAAGGCGGGCGGAGCGCGCAAUGCACGACACCCUGUCAAGCUGGUCCCGCUGCCCGGCGCAGAGCAUCUCCGCAUUCUGCACGACCCACGUGUCCUGCAGUACAUCCUCACCGUGCUGCAGCACUGAUUCAGACUACCCGCACUUCGAUCACCGACGCAGUAUAGAUAUAGUCACACAACUUGCCUUUGAUGCUCGUACUUUAUAUAGUGCACUGACAUUCAAUCAAAACAAGUAGACAGUCAAAUUUAAUCUAUUUUAAGUAUAACUUUAAAAUA